AUGGCCAGGUUACGGCAACAUCACGGAGAAGAUGGAGAUGACGGACCUGGCUCCGGUGCUGCAAUGGGCACCAGGCCAAAGCCGCUCCAUGAGCUGUCGUCGGCCCAGAAGAAAGACCAACGCGGGGUCCGGCGGAGACGGAAGCUGGGUCAAAUCAGCGACAAUGCUCUCCUGCGCCCCUGGGCCUCGGGCGACACUCGUCAAGAGCGGGCAGGGCCUAGUCUGGAUCUACCGCCUAGCAAGCCCUCGAGGGAGAUCUCUGUGGCGUUGAGGUCCAGGAUACGUCGCAAUGAGGCAAGCACUGAGAAAUACAGCAGUCCAAAAGGCCAGCAAGACGCCGACAUUUCCGGCUGGCAAGACGAUUCCGACGACCAGUAUUCGGAAUACUGCAGCUCACCCAGCGCGAGUACCUACGAUACUGAAGACGACUCAAUCGUGUCCAUGUCCAAGUCCAACACAACACGCUCACACACCCGUAUCAGAUCGGUCGCUCCACCAAAAAGCAGUGUGAAGGAGGAGGAGAGGAUGCAGAUCACCCGCGCAGCGCAAGAGGCAUUACAGGAUGCCAUUCGUGACAGGUCGGCAAGCCCCGGGGCGCCCGACCAGUCGCAGGGUGACUCCCAGCCGUCUUGCAGUGACAGCGCCAGCGACCAUGGGCCCGAUGAGCCAAGCGACGUCUUCUUCUCCGCGGACGAGGCCUUGACAGGCCGCUCUUCGAGCCCGGUGAGACCGACAGAUCGGGAGGAGGAUGCGUCUGACCGGCCUCGACCGGCCACGCCAUGCGAGGAUCUCGGCCCAACUCACCGGGGGCUCGUGUCCCCGACCAAGAAGCUGCCGCGGAUCCCCAAGACGCCGCACCGUCCCAGCAUGGACGUCUUCUGGGACCAGGAUCAGGUCGACGGCUGGAACCUCGAGCACUCGCCGCGGAAGCUCUUCCAGCCAACGUCGCAAGGAGGCCGAUCCGCCCCGAGCCCGAAGAAGGCGGCGCCCAAGCGCCAGACAAAGGCCUCGUUCAACAGCAGGAAGCAUGCAAUCGCCGACGAGUUCUUGCAGGAGCUGGACGACCGCAUUACGGGAGGGCAGCUUCGGGACCUGGCGAGGCCGACGGGCGGCGUCAAGAUUGUAUGGAGCAACCGGCUCAACACCACGGCCGGGCGCGCCAACUGGAAGCGAGAGACGGUGCGAACGCGGACAGGCAGUGCCGAUAGUGACACGGCCGUCCAGCACAGGCACCACGCCUCGAUCGAGCUGGCCGAAAAGGUGAUUGAUGACGAGAACAGGCUGCUCAACGUCAUUGCACACGAGUUUUGUCACCUGGCCAAUUUCAUGGUGUCCGGCAUCGCCACCAACCCCCACGGCAAGGAGUUCAAGGUGUGGGCUCGGAAAUGUUCGCAAGCAUUCGGCGACAGGGGCAUCCAGGUGACUACGAAGCACUCGUACGAGAUCGACUUCAAGUACACGUGGGAGUGCACAGAGUGCGGCAUGGAGUUCAAGCGCCAUUCCAAGAGCAUCGACCCGUCGCGGCAUCGGUGCGGCUCGUGCAAGAGUCUGCUGAAGCAGACGAAGCCAGUGCCCAGGGGCACGGGGAAGCCAAGCGAAUACCAGGCGUUUGUCAAGGAGCAGAUGAAGAUAGUCAAGGCAGAGAACCCGGCGAGUCCUCAAAAGGAGAUACUACGGCUCGUGGCUAGCAGGUGGAGCGCCGAGACCAGGACAAAGCGCACCCUUGUCGCGCCGAGCACGACGGGCGAAGAUAUGGACAACAUCACGACUAACCUCGCCGACCUCGCUAUAGACAAGACGGCCUGA